AGGAAUCCUCAGCUCCCACGUGGUGGAAGUGUCCUUGGCGGCGGAGAGCAGUGGCACGGUGGUGGUGGCGCAGGUGGAGGGCCUCGAAAUGCCAAUCUUUUUCAGGAUUCGAGAGAGUGAUGCUAUCGAGGGUGAUGCGUGCGUCUUCUACGACCCCAAUCUAGGUGUGUGGUCCUCUGAGGGUAUUUCACUGGCUCAGUCGGUGCCGGGCCAAAACGCCACAGGGACCUGGUGCCAAACGAGGCACCUGUCCCUCUUUGCUGUGAUGCAGACCAUCGACCUAGCUGGUCUCCUCCCAGAUGGCUCUGAAACUGGCGAAGGUGCCGGGGCAAUUGCUGUGGCCAGCCUCAUCUUUUGUUGUUGUGGCCUGCUGGUGACCUCCAUCCUGGUGAAGCGUCGCCUGCAGCGCCCGGUGAAAGGACAAGCCCUCAUUCGAGACCGACGAGGCGGAACUCGCAAGUUCGACUUCACACGCAGCAGGUUGAUGACCCCGGUUGAGAGCGCUGUGAGUGUCCGGACAUCUGGGCGCAAAAAACCGCAAAAGAUCUUGGUGAAGUGGCAUUUGAACCCGGACUCUGUGGUCAAGCAGAUCAAUCGCUUUGAUGGGCUCCGUCGUUUCCAGGUGGACUUGGAACCAGCCAAGCCGCCGGUGGUCCAGGAGACUUCGGUCUUCGCCACCAAAUCGACCAAAUCCCUGCGGACGCUCUCAGAAGUCCUCCCAAAGGAGUUGCACGAUGAGCCGGAUGAGCCAGAUGAGCCGGAUGAGCCGGAUCAGCCGGUUCCGACGGAGCAGCGCGAUGAGUAUGUCAUGGACAGCAUGGUCACUGGGGGUGACCAGAUGCCGCCGGCGGAGAUUUUGCAGAAGUUGUCUCCCAUUGAAGCUGCGAAAGCGGAUCGCAAAGCGGAUCGCGAAGCCUAUGAGAAUGGCCAGGAAGUUCUCUACCACUCAGAGACCUUUGGUCGCGUUCUCCCAGCAGCCAUUGUUGGGCGUGGAUAUUUCUACACCGAUGGCGAGGAGGAGGAACUAGCGUGGCCGUUGUACAACUGCAAGGUGGGUGUCAAGUUACGCGAGAUGGUUCCAAUGUCAAGGCUUCGGGCUCCGUUAGAUGAGGGCGCGGUGGUGAGUGUGAUGGGCGAGGAGCAAUCGGAUGGCACGAGAGCCUGGACCACUGGGCAUAUUCUCGAUGCAUCUGCCUGGAAAAUGACUCACCUGGUGUCAUAUCCCACCUAUGACAUCCUCCUGAGUGAUGGCACGAAAUGCAAGGCCUCCUUUGAUAAGAUCCGAAGGCGUUUUGAUGUGGGCCAGCUGGUGGAAGUCUAUAUGGGUCGUACCUUCGGUUGGGUCUACGGAACUGCGGCUGAAGAGUUGGUGGAAACCUGGGGCUCCGACACUGAGGAGCUGCAGACCCUGCAGGUCGUCCUGGUUCGUGAUGCAUUGGCGGCCACCGUGCCCUCAUUUUUGGUACGCAGCCGUCCGGCCAUUACAGCCAGGAUUUGAGAACCUAGAAUCAUC